AUGCGGCUGUGGGGAGAGGUGCAUCUGGAGGAUGGCCGGCUGGAGAGGCUGAGCCGGGAACCAUUUUAUGAGCAGGUGGGAGCUGACGCCCGCAAUGAGGAUCAGAAUGAGGAUCAGGGGGAGGAAGACGACGAUCUCGACAAUACACCCCUUCCGUCCUGUCACCCGGUCACGUUUGUUCCUGAAGAUCGCUACCGGAUGGCGUGUCCGCGCGAAGACUGGGGGCUCUUUGAACCGGCAGCAGGGCGUGCAACCGGCGGUCUGAACACGCUGACGGUGGCAACGUACAACGUGCUGGGCGCAUCAGCAUGGCCAUCGUCGAGGGCACGAGUGCCGCUGCUGGUGGACAGCAUCCUGGAGGCGGGCGCGAUGGCUGACGUGCUGGUCCUGGCCGAGGUCACGGACGACGUGCUGAGUGAACUGUUGGCUGACGAUGGCGUGCGCACGGCCUUUCCGUUUGCCUCACAUGGUCCACCCGACCAGGAGGACAUGCCGCCGCUGCCGAGGCUGUUCAACUCUGUCGUGCUGAGCCGACGUCCGUUUGUCUGGUCGUGGGUGGCCUUUGCGCAGGCACACAAAGGAGCCCUGGUGGCGCGAUGGGGGGAGAUGAGCGAGGACGAGGAGGACGAAGACGAAGUCGAGGACAAAAAGCCCAAGCUUGUCGUGGCUGCCGUCCACCUGACACAUGGGCUCAUCGGUGACGCCGUGACCUGCAAGCGUGCUGAGGCACUGCGGCUGCUGCGGCAUCUGCGGCGGUACCACUCGUCGGCAGACGUGUUUGUCGCCGGCAACGUCAACGUGCAGGCGGUCGGUCAUGGCUUUGACGACCUGUUUGCCCGUGAGGGCUUCGUGGAUCUGUGGCGGCGACAGUCGGACAAGGCCGAGCUUGACGGCGAGCAGGGCGCCACGUACGACCUGCUGCACAACAACCGGCCGCAGUGGCUCGUCCGAAUUUUUGUGCGGCAGGCGAGCGAAGAGGCGCAAAACGCAGACAGCCGGCGGCUGCGGAUUGUCGACGCCAAGCUGUUCGGCCUCUCGGCUGCUGGGAGCGACACCACAGCGAGCGAGAGUUUCGCUAGCGACUAUUGGGAUCUGAGGUGUGUUGUGGAGCGGGUGGAGGGGGAAGGAUGUGACGAUGGAGAGGAUAAGGGGAGUAAGAAGGAAACCGAAACCGAAACCGAAACCGAAACCGAAAUCGAACUCACCAACAAGCAGCUGGCCAUCUCGAACGAGGUCAAGCUGGUACCUGUGCAGGUGCCGGCCGGGCUGCUCGCCGAUGCGACUGCUCUGGACAGGGCGCUCGUCGUCCUGGAAGCAAUGCCGUCGGACGAAGAGGUCGAACAGCGCAGAGAAGCGCUGGCGCUGCUGCAGCGGAUUCUGAUGGCCGAGAAGAGCAAUGGUGGUGCUGAGUCAGCAAGUUCACCCCCAAGGCUGCCGCGCCAGCUGGUGGUCGUGCCGGUGGGCUCGUACGGGCUGGGCGUAUGGACUCUGACGUCGGAAAUGGACUGCCUGUGCAUCGGGGUGUAUGCAGCGACGACCUUCUUCGCCAUAGCGACGCAGCGGCUCCGAGCAGCCGGUCAGGGCAGCUAG